AAAGAUUUACGAAAUUCCAAAUUAUUUCGAGGAUAAUUUGUUUUUGUUUUGAUUCUGUUUGUUUACAUUUUAAAUGAACCCUCUGCUCAUAAAAUGAACCGGAACCAUGUUCAUCGAAUGUAAAAUAACAAAAGUUCACUAUCCUCGAAAACUUUAUGCUUCGUUAAAAUUUUCGAGGAUAGCCAUGCAAAAUGUAAACAAAUUUUCGAGGACAAGUUUUUUUGUCCUAUGUAUUGGGGGCGUCGUCAUGUGUAGCACAAAAAAGGUAGGGGAGAUUUUUUUAGGGGAUUUUCUGUUAUGGUAUUUUGCUUUGCUUGAUAGUGGUGUAGUUUACACUAGUCGUAAUAGUUGUGGUAGUAACAGUAGUAUCGUUGUAGACCGGCGAAUGGAAUACGCUGCAGUGGCUUGAACUAAUUGAUGUUUUUUUUAUUUUUCUCAGAUUCAACAUGUCCAACGAGUCAUUCAAGGAUUUCGUAUAUUACGAGGAAUGGCUCGAAACUGAUUCGGAUACAUCAACAAUGAGCGCGAAUUCCAGGACCGACACCAACAUAGAAAAGGAGGGGGAAACUGGAUGGCAAGUCGGGUUUCCCAGCGUCGCGCCCCAGUGUGUGUUCAGAGAAAUAUCCAACAUCGAUGGUCAACCGUCUUCAUCUUCCGUACAUUUGACUAGCAACUCGCGGAAACGGAAAGCAGUACAGUUGUGCAGUGUAGCUACGAAUACGGAGACGGUUGACCCAUACGACCAAGAAAAUGUGGUCCGCACACUCACUGGGCUAACUCGGUCUCAUGCCCGUUUGGCUACACAAGUGGGCGAAUGGAUUAAUGCCAUGAAACCAAGGCCCGACGUUCGACCCAGCAUGGAGUUUGAUUUUGCUCCGAUAGAUUCGGUAGAAGAGCUGCAAAAUUUAGAUGCACUUCUUCAAGACGACUCGGAGUAUAGAGCAAAACUUGUCCAUUGGUGAAACACAGAUCACUCGUGUGGACGUGGAUAACCGUCUUCACGAAUUAAUUGAUCUGCUGUUCACCAAAACCUUUUUUGCCACCAUGAAUUGGACUGGCAUAAGCAAAAAAGCGGGACAAACAAAAAUAGCAUUAGGUAAAUUUAAGUUAGUGGUAAGAUUAUUUGUAGAAUUAGGAGGUAACAAUGCUUUAGUUUUAAAUAGUAAUUAUGUAGAAAAUUAAAAAAAAACUAUAUCAUGCUAAGGAUAGGAUAAAGAUUAGCAAUAGUAAACGUACGUCUUGCCACCAAAAAAAAAAAAAGUUUUGUGAAUAGUAGUGUUUAAGUAGACUAAGUUAGUUUUUAAGUCAUUAAAUUAGUUAAGUAAGUUGUAAAUUAAGUUACAUACAAUAAAAUACAAUAUACUUAAACAACUA